GCACAGUCUUCUAUCAUCAGCAAUCAUCAGAUUCUGAUUCCUUUCCCAAACUCUCGCCGACCUCUCCGACAAAGGAAGAGAUUCUGUUCUUUAAGGUAUGUAUUUUCCCUUCGUCGUUGGCUUUUUAAGGCGGGGGAAUUGCACCCCCCGAACUCUAAGACGAAGCAUGCGGCGGCAGCAGCAGCCGCCGCCGAAGAUGAGGUGCCUGUCGUGUGAGGAGGAGUAUGGGACGGGGGACGCCGGCACGUGCAAGGAGUGCCACGAGGACCUGAAGUCCAAACUCGCUUUCCUCAGGUUCUGGUCACCGUCCGAAAACCCUAGCGGCAGCCGAUCGCACGCGCUCGGCUUCUCUGACGUCGUUCUGGUCGCCUCCAAAGAGUCGGGGCCCUCCGCCCCCGUCCCAGCCCACCGGGUCAUUCUGGCGAAUCGUUCGCCUGUGUUCAAAGCAAUGCUUGAGAACAAUAUGAUGGAGAAGCAAAGCGGGACCAUCAAUAUCACCGAUGCAUCCUACGAGGCCCUGCGGGCCAUUGUGAACUUCAUGUACACAGCAGAAGCUUGCGUUGACCAGCAUCUCGCUUCUGAGCUUCUAGUACUGGCUGAGAAGUACCAGGGGAAGCACCUCAAAUCGUACUGCGAGAAGUUCCUGGUCUCAAAGUUGAACUGGGAAAACUCGGUCAUGAGCUACGCUUUCGCCCACCAGCACAAUGCAAAGCACCUGCUCGACGUGGCGUUGCAGCUGAUCACGGAGAACAUGGACAAGCUGACAAGGCGGGACGAGUACAUGGAGCUUGUGGAGAAGGCUCCCUGGCUAGUAGUGGAAAUCUAUGAGGCCUGUCUCUCCAAGCAGGUGAAUUAAGAUGCUGAGAAGGAUAGAAGCACGGCUAUAUUUAACCAAGAAUAUUAUGGAGCUUGUUUAGAAGGCUCCCCGGCUAGUAGUGGAAAUCUAUGAGGCCUAUCUCUCCAAGCAGGUGAAUAAAGAUGCUCAGAAGGAUAGAAGCACGGCUAUAUUUAACCAAGAAUAUUAUGGGGUGGCCUAAGGGAAGCCAGUGAUCGAAUUGCCAAAAUAAUACUCAACAGUAAUAUUGUUCAAAUUUCGGGUUGCUCUCGAAGCGAUGUCUGGUUUUAAAUGUAAAGUAGUUGAAAUAUGGAUAAGGGGCUGUGUCCAUUUCCAAUUUCGAGUUCUUGGAUUGGCCAUUGUUAAUAUCUUGGAGCGCAAAUAUGAACUCCUUUCAUAUUCUAAAAUGGGUCAUGAAGUAUUUUUAUCU